AUGGCAUUCUGGCUUUUGCAGACUCUUCACAAGGCUACAAAUGUUCCAUAUGAUCAGAUUUUGUCAAUUAUAUUUGGUUUCCUAUUGCGUACGUACUAUCCUCCUCGGAAUACUAACACACUCAAACGUCACAUUAUUGAAAUCAGCGUUGGCUUCUCCCUGAUAUAUUUAUGUUAUGGCAGGUACUUCCGAAUUUUACUAUCUAUUUGCAGCCAAGCAUCCCAUCUGCUUUAUCAAGCGAUUCCUUCAUACCUUAUGAUGGUCUUCCUCCCACCACAUCUGGCUCAGUAUGGCGUUCUCCUCUUCACUAUGACUUACUUAUCUGGUGCGCAUAUAUAUAGAAUGCUGUCAGCGGAUAUGAGAAAUAGUGUUGUGGACGUUACUGCACCUCUCAUGAUACAGACCCAAAAGUUGUCAUCCAUUGCUUUCAACCUAAAUGAUGGCGAUGUCUUAAAACGAGGAGGAAAAACUGCACGUUCGAUUCACGAACUCCACGCGAUCAGACAAAGGCCAAAGUUGCUGCAUUUGCUAAGCUAUCUUUUAUGCUAUCAGAAUUCGAUGGUUGGGCCUUUCGUCUUCUUCUCCGACUAUUUGUGUUUCAUCGAGGGCAGGGAAGAAGAUCAACUAAUGACGGAGGAAGAUCGUGAAUUAUGUGUAAGCAGCCAGCAGUUUUACACUUUGUUCAUAAAGGCUAGAAACAUGCAUCCGCUAACGUCUUUCCAUUUGUGA